AUGUCUUCCAUCCAGACCAUCGACGAGCAGCACGUCGCUGACUUCUUGGCGCACAUCCUCGCCGACCCCCAGUCGGCGCUCAGCUUUGUCGCGUCGCUGCCCUUCGAGACGCGCACCCAGUUCGUCGCGGCCCAUGCGACGUUGAUGGUCCGGGUGCGCCAGCGCCUGGGCCUCCCCCCCAUCAUCUUCGACGGGGUCGGCGAGGAUGUCGGCGGCGGCAGCGGCGAGUGGCGCGGCGGCGGCUGGUCCCACUUCGGCGACCUCGGCGACUUCGGCAUCUUCUGGCGGCACGACGACCGCGACGGCCACGUCUUCGGCGGCGGCGUCUUCGAAACCUUCGACGUUCACGCCGUUGGCAGCGCCGCCUAUGUGGGCAUCGUCGGCGACCCCGUCGACGAGAUCUUCGGCGGCUGGCGGCACGUCCUCUACCAGUACCACGCCGACGUCCCCGACGGCGACAUCACUGGCUGGACCAGGGGCCAGCGGGGGUCCGGCGGCCGGCGGGCCGCCAGGCCGAAGGCACCGCCGGUCGUCCACACCGCCCCCAUGGAGACCAUCGCCGAAACGACGGAGACGGCGGAGCCCUCGCCGGAACCGGCGGUGACGCCAAAGAAGGCUCCACCGGCGUUGCCGAAGAGCAUCUUCCCGCCGGUUCCCUCCGUCGAUCUGCAGGAUCAGAUCUCCCGGGAGAUCCUGCAGAUGGAGGACCCUCCGGCGAGACCCAAGCCUUCCUCGUCGUCCCGGAGGGCCUCCUCGGCGACCACGGCGCGUCGGGAUCGGCUGGAGCAGGCGGCGUUCGCCGAGCAGCGAGCAAGCGCUCGCACUCGGGGCCACCACGCCGAUUUCGCCGAGUCUCUCGACCCCGAGUACGCCGACUACAAACGGCGCAUGGAGGUCUACGGGGCGGGGGCGGAGCACAUCCCGAACGACCCGGCGUUCGCCGCCCUCGCCCUGGACAACUUCGACGACCUCCAGGCCAUUGAGCGCAGCGCCGCCGACGACCCGACGGUGCGGUGGUGCCAGUUCGCGACGUACUUUUACGUCCGACGGCUCCCGCGCAACGUCCGGGGCGGGCGCAUACCGGUGCCCCACGCCAGGAAGGGGCGCAAGAUCGCCGGUUGGUGCGCCCACCAUUGCACGUCGGGGCGGUACUGCCGCGGCGAAGGCCGUUGCCUUCGCCCCGUCGUGCUCGGCGUCAACAACGCGCACGAGCCCCACUCCUGCCCGGAGUGCCUCGUCGCCGUCGAUCAGGUGGCCACGGCGGCGUAUGAUCAGGCACAACGCGACGUGGAGCGUGAGGAGCGGGCCGCCCUCCAAGCUCCCUCGUCGUCGUCGGGGCAGGGCGCAUCGUCGGCGGGCCGUUGGCUCAAGAUGUUCGUCGCUCAGUCGGCGCCGAAGGGCUCCUUUGCCGAGCUGGUCAAAGUAGUGACCAACGCCGGCCUGCAGCGAUGCCUUCCUGCCCUCGCCGAGUGCGGCGCUAGGUCGCUGGCUGACGUGGCCUCCUGCGCCGACGCGCUGAUCGCCGCCGGCGUUCCCCCGAGCGACGUAGUGACCCUGGUGGGCCUGCGGGCGAGUGCGGCGGAGACGGCGCAGCCCUUGGUGGUGGCGCCUGUCCGCUCCGACGUCCCGGUCCGCAGGAGAGAGGCGUCGGCGUCGCUCCAGGCAGCCCUCGCCGCGGCCGAGCCGCAGAACCGCAAGAGGUCGCUGGAGCUCGUCGACCAAGGCCUCCUGGCGGCGUCUUCCAGGGGCCCCGUCGAGUCACGCCUCAGGACUUGGCGACGCCUCGCCGAGGCGUGGGGCAUGGAGCCUUUCCCCAUCACCGUCGAGCUGGUGAGGGUCAUGGCGGCGUCGUUUAAGGCCGGCGCCUACCGGUCCGCCCAGGGGUACUUCGACGCAGCCAGGUGGCACCAGGAGGCCUACCUAGGUUCGUCGUUGGACCCGUUGGUGGCGCGGUCCAUUCGCCGCCACGUCCGCUCGGUCCUUCGGGGCCUCCCGGCGACGACGCUCAAGGAGGCGUUCCCGUUCCUCCAGUUGGCGACGGUGGUCCAGGUCCACUUCGUCGCCGCGCCGUUCGUCUUCGGCGCUGUACCCCAUAUGGUCGACGUGCUGAUCCUGGCAUGCUGGUUCAUGCUCAGGGAGGUGGAGAUCGCCGCGGCGCGGUUGGGGGACCUCCAGCUCGGCGACCGGGAGGUGGCCUUGUCGGUCCCCAUCCACAAGGUGGCUCAGGGGGGGGAGAGGGAGCUCACUCGCCGCUGUUUGCGCUGCGUUUGCGGCGCGGCGACCCACCCCCUCUGCCCCGUGCACGCGGCCGUGCGGCACAUCGCCAGAUUGCACAUGGCGGCGGUCGUCGAGUUCGACGCGCCCUUGGUGCCAGGGGCCGCCGGCGGAGAGUUCACCAAGGGUGCUUUCGUCGAGGCGGCGCUCCAGGUCCUCCGUGCCGCCGGCAUCGAUUGCAUGUACGUCGACCCGAAUGGGAGACGCCGGCCCAGGUUCAGGGGACACCUCGCCCGUGUGGCCGGGGCGACGUUCUUGGCGUCCAAGGGGGUGCCCAUCGAGGUGAUCCAACUCCUCGGGCGCUGGUCGUCCUCGGCCAUCCUGAGGUAUACUCAGGCGGCGCCCCUCGCCGCGGCACCGGAAGUGCCGGCGACGGCCCUCGCCGCGUCGACACAGCAGAGCCCCGAGCGGCUACACCUGUGCUCACAGGUCGCGGGGGCCCCGCCGAUUGCGGAUGCGCCCCCCGACGCUUUGGCUGCUGGCUCGGCUGGGCCCGACGGUCCGCCUGGAGCCUGGGAGCCCCCAGAGGUGGUGCACGUCCUGGCGCCGGCCCUGGCCCUCCCACCGCCUGAGGCGCCCGAGGCGUCGACGGUGUGCAUUAUGGCGGCGAGAACACGCCGGUUGCACAGGACCGACGCGGCUGAAUCCACUAGGGAUAGCCUCCUGUGGCAGGCCCCUUGUGGAUUCCCCUACGGGGUCAGGUCGCACUACCGACUGUCGGCGGAACCGCCGGCGCCUGUAAAGUGCCUUAGGUGCUUCAAGCCCCGGCCUCAGGCGCAACCUGACUUGGAACCGACGGAAGAGAUUGAAUCCCCGUCGGCCCUUUCAGAGUCAUCGGUUCUUGGGCCGCCGCCGCUGUUGGGAGCUCUUGUUCCGCCGGCCCCCCUCCCUAACCGCAGCCGCUUCGUCGUUUGCACCAUGGCUCCCAUGGCGGCGGUUCAGUCGGAGAUGGACGGCGAGAGGACCCCGAGCAGCGGCCCCGACGAGGAGGAGCCCGUCGACGGAGCCGACGAGGGCAUGCUCAGCGACGACUUCGCUGACGCAGAGUCGUCGGAGGAGUCGGAGGGCGGCGACUCCGACCCAUCCCUCCUGGACCCCGACGACCUCCUCUCGUCGACGAGGUAUUCGCAGACGGAGGGGAGCGUCGAGGCGCCAACGUCGGACUCCCCGUGGCCGCACCUGCCGACGUCACAACCGCCGCGGUCCGACGUGGAGGUGAGGUUGGCUUGGGCGUGCGCCCCUUUGCCGCCGGGCCCGGCGCCGUCGUCCGCAGCUGGUUUCGUGGGACGCGGGCCCUGCCCGCCGGCGAUGUCUCCGGCGGCGGCGCUUGCGCUCCGCCAUUGGUGGGAGCUCUCCGGGCAGACCGGGCCGCCGAUGGCACCGACGGCGCCGCCCAGGCCGCCGGGCUGCCUUCAUCCAGAAGAUCCUCGGCCCUUCUGCCCGCAGCCUUCGACGACGUCGAUGUGGUCCCCUGACGCGCCGCUGGCGUCGCUGCGGGCCCGGUUUGGGGCGGACGGUCCGUCGCCACCGACGUGGUCGGCGAUCCGUGGCAUGUACCCGCCGGAGCUCCGCGACUGGAUUGGCCGCCCGGCGAUCGUCGAGAGGACCCCGUCGGGCCGCGUGGCGCAGGUGCACCUGCAAUCCCCGUCGCCUUACCUGGCGGCGGAUCCCAGGUGUUUGGCGUGCGGCCGCAUGGCAACGGCGAACGCCCUAAGGGGGAGGCUGGAAUGGCCCCCGUCGCCGGAGGUGCUCUGUCCUAUUUGUUUCCCGCCGAGGGGGCGCUGA